AUGAGUGUCAUUCCACCGGAGAACACUGACCAGCUCGAACAUGAGAAGCAGAAGGAUGCCGAAACACAUCAUCAAACUGUAAUGCAAAUUGAACAUGUCCCAACGAGAACCAGACCAAACGAGAAACUUCAAAUCACUGGCACGACUGUGUGGACAUUUAAAACCUUCGUCGCCACCGUCGCACUUUCUGGGCUCUACGUCGGCUCCCAAAUACCUUUAUAUUUCGCAGGAGGAUCACUUUCGUUCAUCGCUGCUGAUAUCGGUGGCGUCGAGGCCUCAGAAUGGCUCUCUGUGUCUUACGCCCUUGCUCUUGCUGCUCUUGCUCCCUUUUCCGGCUACCUCCAAGAUCUUCUGGGCCGGCGUAACAUCACACUCGGCGGCGGUGCUGUGCUGAUGAUGGGAUGCAUUGUUCUAGCAACCGCUCAUCAAUUCGGGCAGGGUAUUGUGGGGAUGAGUUUUGCUGGAGCAGGGGCAGCUAUCGGAGAACUUACCGCUCUUGCGGGAACAUCCGAGUUAGUUCCUGUUAACCAACGAGGCACAUAUCUGGCUUUAGUAACCGCUUUUGUGUUACCAUUUACACCGUACUUGAUGUACGCACAGCUCCUGUCAACUUACCACACAUGGCGGUGGGGUAUCUGGAUCUGCUUAAUUUGGAACGGACUUUGGUGGGUUGUUAUAUUGUUGGUAUAUUUUCCCGAAUCCCAAACUCGAGCCAAGGGGAUGGCGGCGAAAGCCAUCUUGAAGAGAAUCGACUAUCUUGGCGGCGUCCUGUCCGUGAUGGGUCUGACACUGAUACUGGUCGCCUUACAAGCAGGAGGAUAUUCUCAUUCUUGGAGGAGCGCGUACGUUCUCGCACAGCUGCUGAUUGGUAUCGCUUUGCUGGUUGCAUUUACCCUUUGGGAAUGGAAAUUCUGCAAAGACCCAAUGAUUCCACACGAGAUGUUUGCAGGUCAACACAUCGUGGGAAUGGCAUAUGGAAUUGCUUUUAUUGCAGGCAUGAACUUCUAUGCUAUGCUCAAUUUCUUUCCACUGGAAUUCAGCACAGUAUUUGACCCCGACCCGGUCAAAGGAGGACUUCGAGGUUUGGCUCCGGGACUAUCGACGACGAUUGGUGCUGUCUUUGCAAACGCCGCUUUGUCAUGGUUCAAGGGUCACAACAGAGAGAUUCUGCUGCUUGGUUGCGUCAUAAUGACCGCGUUCGCUGGUGCGUUUGCAGCCGUAACACCGGACAGGGAAGGGAUGGCAAUCGGUCUAGGGACCGUGACCGGAUUCGGUGUCGGUUCAGUCCUGGUGCCGGCUGCCACUGUUGCUAUCACCGUCACGCCCGACACUUCAAUCGCAACAUGCGUGGCCCUUUCCCUGACGGUCCGCUCCGUGGGAGGCUCAAUUGGCUAUGCAAUCUAUUACAACGUUUUCAUCAACAAACUCACGACCAAUCUCCCCGUCUAUAUUGCCCAGUAUGCAAUUCAAGCGGGAUUACCCGUCACAGAAACCAGAGAGUUUGUUGAGACAUACCUCGGUGCUUCAGAUCAGAUCAUGACAGUCCAGGGAGUGACUGAGCAGAUUGUCAACGCCGCUGUAAUCGGCAGCCGGUGGGCUUACGCUGAAAGCUUGAAGUAUGUCUGGUUGACAAGUAUUGCCUUUGGUCGAUGCGCGAUCAUUGCUUGUCUGUUUAUUGGGAAUAUCUCGAAGUACAUGACUAGCCGAGUGGCUGCGAAAGGCGUCGGAUCCCUAGCGAAAGACAAUGUUGGCACUCAUUUCGCCACCGAACCCAUCUUGAGACGCUCACUGAAUAUGAGCAUCACUGCAUCUAUUCGCCCAGAUGAGGAUCGUCCUGCUGCCCAGGAAGAUCGAAUCAGAAAUUUUAAGUCCAUCCCAGUUGACCCGAGAUGCUUCGAAGGAAUCGUCAAAGAAGUGGGAAAUUGUAUUGAAGUAGGUCAAGAAGGCCAUAUCUUCUCGAAAGAUGUUCUUCGGAUGGAAAUUUCAGGUCCAACGCAGCCUCAUUUAACUCUUGUUGACUUACCUGGCAUCUACCAUGCACCUGACGAGCAUCAGAAUGCCGAAGGAGUUGAAUUGGUGGAAUCAUUGGUACCGUCAUACAUACAAACGAGCGAAGUGUCAUCAUGGCAGUCGUUUCUGCCAAAAGCGACAUUGCACUCCAAAAAGUUAGAGCAUAAACUCCCCAGGUCGACUCGAAAGGACACCGAACUAUGGGCAUCAUCACCAACCUGGUACUCUCCCGCAAGACUCCGACAUGGAGCGAUCCUUUCUUCAACUAGCCGAGACAAUGCCACGAAUCGGAAGCCAAGAGUAUGGAUGUUCGCGAAAUUUACGAACACCAUUCCGCACAUGACAUUGUUCGUUUUCUUCAGUGAUUCUGUUCGGGAAGGCUUGCCCUCAUCUACUUCAGAAUGCUAUGUCAAGCUCUAUUCUUGUCCAGAAAAGGCUUCAAUACAAUAUUUACCGAGCCAUUUCGCGCCAACCCGAAGAGUGCUCAGUUAG